UUUUUAGUUUAUUUUCCAGCAGGACAGAAGCUCCUUGUUGAGUUUCUUCGUGUUUCUACUGCUUCUCCAGCUGGAAGUUCAACCUGAGGAGGUGUUUCUGGAGACAUCAGGUCUGAAGUCACCUCUUAAAAUCUAUUUUCCUCAUAAAGGAGGAAACUAGUUGGUGUUUCCAGCAGAAAGAGGAGUUCUUAUUGUUGGACAGAAGGUCUUGGUUCUGAACCGUGUUGGACUCUGAUGACUGGACCAGGAUCCAGAUGUUCCAGAUGUUCUGCUAACAGCUGCGCUAUCGCCGGGAGAUAAACCUUAUCAGGUGUGAUGGAGGCAGAGUGUGCGUCGGCCGAGCCGCCUCACCUGCAGGUCAACUGCAACCUGCUGGAGGGGCGCUUCAAACAGCUGCAAGAUGAGCGGGAGGCGGUCCAGAAGAAGACCUUCACUAAGUGGGUGAACUCCCACCUGUCCAGAGUCUCCUGCAGGAUCACUGACCUCUACAUGGACCUGAGGGACGGACGGAUGCUGAUCAAGCUGCUAGAGGUCCUGUCUGGAGAGAGACUGCCGAAGCCCACCAAAGGCCGGAUGAGGAUCCACUGCCUGGAGAACGUGGACAAAGCACUGCAGUUCCUGAAGGAGCAGCGGGUCCACCUGGAGAACAUGGGCUCCCACGACAUCGUAGACGGGAACCACCGCCUGACGCUGGGCCUCAUCUGGACCAUCAUCCUCCGCUUCCAGAUCCAGGACAUCAGUGUGGAGACUGAAGACAACAAGGAGAAGCGAUCAGCCAAAGACGCUCUGCUGCUGUGGUGUCAGAUGAAGACGGCGGGGUAUCCCAACGUCAACAUCCACAACUUCACCACCAGCUGGAGGGACGGCAUGGCCUUCAACGCCCUGAUCCACAAGCACAGGCCAGACCUGAUCGACUUCGACAAGCUGAAGAAGUCCAAUGCUCACUACAACCUGCAGAAUGCCUUCAACCUGGCAGAGCAACACCUGGGCCUCACCAAGCUGCUGGACCCAGAGGAUAUCAGCGUGGACCAUCCUGACGAGAAGUCGGUCAUCACCUACGUGGUCACGUACUACCACUACUUCUCCAAGAUGAAGGCUCUGAAGGUGGAGGGCAAACGCAUCGGAAAGGUUCUAGAUAACGCCAUCGAGACGGAGAAGAUGAUCGAGAAGUACGAGUCUCUGGCGUCCGACCUGCUGGAGUGGAUCGAACAGACCAUCAUCAUCCUCAACAACCGCAAAUUCGCCAACUCUCUGGUGGGAGUCCAACAACAGCUGCAGGCCUUCAACACCUACCGCACCGUGGAGAAGCCUCCGAAGUUCACAGAGAAGGGGAACCUUGAGGUUCUUCUCUUCACCAUCCAGAGUAAGAUGAGAGCCAACAACCAGAAGGUCUACAUGCCCCGUGAAGGGAAGCUCAUCUCCGACAUCAACAAGGCCUGGGAGCGGCUGGAGAAGGCGGAGCAUGAGCGGGAACUCGCUCUGAGGAUGGAGCUGAUUCGUCAGGAGAAACUGGAACAGCUGGCCAGACGCUUUGACCGAAAGGCGGCCAUGAGAGAGACGUGGCUCAGUGAAAACCAGCGGCUGGUGUCUCAGGACAACUUUGGUUUUGACCUUCAAGCCGUCGAGGCAGCAACAAAGAAACACGAAGCGAUCGAGACGGACAUCGCAGCGUACGAGGAGCGAGUCCAAGCUGUGGUUGCUGUGGCGAAGGAGCUGGAGGUGGAGCAUUACCACGACAUUAAACGCAUCGCGGCCAGGAAGGACAACGUGAUCCGACUGUGGGAGUAUCUCCUGGAGCUGCUGAAGGCCCGCAGACAGAGGCUGGAGAUGAACCUCAGCCUGCAGAGAGUCUUCCAGGAGAUGCUCUACAUCAUGGACUGGAUGGACGAGAUGAAGAUGUUGCUGCUGUCUCAGGAUUAUGGGAAGCAUCUUCUGGGUGUGGAGGACCUGCUGCAGAAACAUGCCCUGGUGGAGGCCGACAUCGCCAUCCAGGCCGACCGAGUGAAGGCAGUCAGCACCAAUGCCAACAAGUACUCUGUCAAUGACAGUGGCUACAAGCCUUGCGACCCCCAGGUCAUCCAAGACCGGGUAGCCCACCUGGAGUUCUGCUACCAGGAGCUGACCCAGCUGGCCGCAGAGCGCCAUGCUCGCCUGGAGGAGUCUCGCCGCCUCUGGAAGUUCUUCUGGGAGAUGGCCGAGGAGGAGGGCUGGAUCCGUGAGAAGGAGCAGAUCCUGUCCUCGGAGGAGCACGGUAAGGACCUGACGGGGGCGGUGCGCCUUCUCAGCCAGCAGCGCACCCUGGAGGACGAGAUGAGCGGCCGGGCCGGCCACCUGCAGCACACCAUCGCCGAGGGCCAGGCCAUGGUGCAGGCCGGACACUUCGGUGCCGCCAAGAUCCAGGAGCGCAUCUCCGACCUGCAGGCUCAGUGGGCGGAGCUGGAGCAGCUGGCGGCGGUGAGGAAGAAGAGGCUGGAGGAGGCUCUGGCUCUGCACCAAUUCCAGGCCGACGCAGACGACGUGGACGCCUGGACGCUUGACGCCCUGCGCAUUGUCUCCAGCGGAGAGACCGGACACGACGAGUUUUCCACCCAGGCGCUGGUCAGAAAGCACAAGGAUGCGGCGGCGGAGGUGGCUGGCUACCGGCCGGUCAUUGAUUCACUCCACGAGCAGGCCGCCGCCCUGCCCAAAGAGAAGAUGGAGUCAGAGGAGGUGCGCGGUCGGCUGGCCGGCAUCGAGGAGCGCUACAAGGAGGUGGCGGAGCUGACAAAGCUGAGGAAGCAGGCGCUGCAGGACGCUCUGGCUCUCUACAAAAUGUUCAGCGAAGCCGACGCCUGCGAGGUUUGGAUCGACGAAAAAGAGCAGUGGCUCAACAGCAUGGAGAUCCCCGAGAAACUGGAGGACCUGGAGGUCAUCCAGCACAGGUUUGAGAGUCUGGAGCCGGAGAUGAACAACCAGGCGUCUCGUGUUGCUGUGGUGAACCAGAUCGCCCGGCAGCUGAUGCACAGCGGUCACCCGAGUGGGAAGGACAUAAAAACCCAGCAGGACAAACUGAACAACAGGUGGAGCCAGUUCCGUGACCUGGUGGACCAGAAAAAGGAGUCCCUGAACUCAGCUCUGGGUGUGCAGAACUACCACCUAGACUGCAACGAGACCAAGUCCUGGAUCAAGGAGAAGACCAAAGUCAUCGAGUCCACCCAGGAGCUGGGCAACGACCUCACAGGCGUCAUGGCGCUGCAGCGCAAACUGACCCACAUGGAGCGCGACCUGGCUGCCAUCGAAGACAAGCUGGGUGACCUGCGAGGCGAGGCCCAGCGACUGGCAGGGGAACACCCUGAUCAGGCAAAAGCCAUCACAGGCCGUCUGACUGAGAUCACCGCCGUCUGGGAGGAGAUGAAGAACACCCUGAAGAACCGCGAGGAGUCUCUGGGCGAAGCCAGGAAGCUGCAGCAGUUCCUCCGCGAGCUGGACGACUUCCAGUCCUGGCUAUCUCGCACUCAGACCGCCAUCGCCUCUGAGGACAUGCCCAACACGCUGGCCGAGGCCGAGAAGCUGAUGGCCCAGCACGAAGGCAUCAAGAACGAGAUCCAAAACUAUGAGGAGGAUUACCAGAAGAUGCGGGACAUGGGGGAGAUGGUGACGCAGGGCCAGACCGAUGCUCAGUACAUGUUCCUGAGACAGAGGUUGCAGGCACUCGACACCGGCUGGAACGAACUGCACAAGAUGUGGGAAAACCGGCAGAACUUGCUGUCCCAGUCCCACGCUUACCAGCUGUUCCUCAGAGACACCAAGCAGGCCGAGGCCUUCCUCAACAACCAGGAGUACGUCCUGGCCCACACUGAGAUGCCCACCACUCUGGAGAGUGCCGAGGCCGCCAUCAAGAAGCAGGAAGACUUCAUGACCACCAUGGAUGCCAACGAGGACAAGAUCAACGGCAUGGUGGAGGCCGGCAGGCGGCUGGCCAGCGAUGGAAACAUCAACGCUGAACGCAUCCAGGAGAGAGUGGCCUCCAUUGAUGACAGGCAUAAGAAGAACCGGGAGGCGGCUGUGGAGCUGCUGAUGAGGCUGAAAGACAACAGAGAUCUGCAGAAGUUCCUCCAGGACUGUCAGGAGUUGUCUCUAUGGAUCAAUGAGAAGAUGCUGACAGCUCAGGACAUGACGUACGACGAGGCCAGAAACCUGCACAGCAAGUGGCUGAAGCACCAGGCCUUCAUGGCUGAGCUGCAGUCCAACAAGGAGUGGCUGGACAAGAUCCAGAAGGACGGCAUGCUGCUGGUGUCGGAGAAGCCGGAGACGGAGGCGGUGGUGAAGGAGAAGCUGUCGGCGCUCCACUCCAUGUGGGAGGACCUGGAGUUGACCACGCAGACCAAAGCUCAGUGUCUGUUUGAUGCCAACAAGGCCGAGCUGUUCACUCAGAGCUGCGCCGACCUGGACAAGUGGCUGGGUGGCCUGGAGGGCCAGAUCCAGUCCGACGACUACGGGAAAGACCUGACGUCCGUCAACAUCCUGCUGAAGAAGCAGCAGAUGCUGGAGAACCAGGUGGAGGUGCGUCAGAGGGAGUUGGUGGAGCUGCAGAGCCAGGUGAAGGCUCUGGGUCAGGAGGUGAAGGACACCGACGAGGUGGAUGGUCGGAGGCAGGUGGUGGAGAGCAAGUUCCAAGAGCUGCUGGAGCCGCUAAAACACCGCCGGAACUUUCUGGUGGCGUCCCGAGAAAUUCACCAGUUCAACCGCGACGUCGAGGAUGAAAUCCUGUGGGUUCAGGAGAGGAUGGCCGUGGCCACCUCCACCGACCACGGACACAACCUGCAGACUGUCCAGCUGCUCAUCAAAAAGAACCAGACGCUGCAGAAGGAGAUCCAGGGCCACCAGCCUCGCAUCGAUGACAUCCUGGAGCGCAGCCAGAGCCUCCUGCGGGACAAGUCCUCCAACAGCGACAGCAUCCGGCAGCGCCUGGCUGACCUGCAGCGGCUGUGGAGGCAGCUGAUGCAGGAGGCGGAGCAUCGGCACAGCCGGCUGGAGGAGGCCCACAAAGCCCAGCAGUACUACUUCGACGCCGCUGAGGCCGAGGCCUGGAUGAGCGAGCAGGAGCUCUACAUGAUGUCGGAGGAGAAGGCGAAGGAUGAGCAGAGUGCCGUCACCAUGCUGAAGAAGCACCAGAUUGUGGAGCAGGCGGUGGAGGACUAUGCCGAGACCGUCCACCAGCUGUCCAAGACCAGCAGAGGACUGGUGGCCGACGGACACCCGGAGAGUGAGCGGAUCAGCAUGCGGCAGUCUCAGGUGGACAAACUAUACGCCGGCCUGAAGGACCUGUCAGAGGAGAGGCGGGGCAAACUAGACGAGAGGCUCCGUCUCUUCCAGCUCAACCGAGAGGUCGACGACCUUGAGCAGUGGAUCGCUGAGCGGGAGGUGGUGGCCGGAUCCCAUGAGCUGGGACAGGACUACGAACAUGUCACGAUGCUGCAGGAGCGCUUCCGUGAGUUCGCCCGUGACACCGGGAACAUCGGACAGGAGCGCGUGGACGGCGUCAACCGUCUGGCGGACGAGCUGAUCAACGCCGGCCACGGCGAUGCCGCCACGGUGGCAGAGUGGAAGGACGGUCUGAACGAGGCCUGGGCUGACCUGCUGGAGCUCAUCGACACCCGGACGCAGAUCCUCGCCGCUUCCUUCGAGCUCCACAAGUUCUACCACGACGCCAAGGAGAUCUUGGGGCGCAUUGUGGACAAGCAGAAGAAGCUGCCGGAGGAAGUGGGCCGAGACCAGAACACGGUGGAGACGCUGCAGAGGAUGCACACUACCUUCGAACACGACAUCCAGGCCCUGGGAACACAGGUGAGGCAGCUGCAGGAGGACGCGGUGCGCCUGCAGUCGGCGUACGCCGGAGACAAAGCCGACGACAUCCAGCGCAGGGAGAGCGAAGUGCUGGAGGCCUGGAGGAGCCUGCUGGAGGCCUGCGACGGACGCCGGCUCCGCCUGCUCGACACCGGCGACAAGUUCCGCUUCUUUAGCAUGGUGAGGGACCUGCUGCUGUGGAUGGACGACGUGAUCCGGCUCAUCAAGGCGCAAGAGAAACCCAGAGAUGUCUCUUCAGUGGAGCUGCUGAUGAACAAUCACCAGGGCAUCAAGGCCGAGAUCGAUGCCCGGAACGACAGCUUCACUGCCUGCAUUGAGCUCGGGAAGGCGCUGCUGGCCCGCAAACACUAUGCUUCAGAGGAGAUCAAGGAGAAGCUGCUACAGCUGACCGAUAAGAGGAAGGAGAUGAUCGAUAAGUGGGAGGACCGCUGGGAGUGGCUGCGACUCAUCCUGGAGGUGCACCAGUUCUCGCGGGAUGCAGGUGUGGCUGAGGCGUGGCUGCUGGGCCAGGAGCCUUACCUGUCCAGCAGGGAGGUGGGGCAGAGCGUGGACGAGGUGGAGAAGCUCAUCAAACGACACGAGGCCUUCGAGAAGUCGGCCGCCACCUGGGAGGAGAGAUUCUCUGCUCUGGAGAGGCUGACCACGCUGGAGCUUCUGGAGGUGAGGAGGCAGCAGGAGGAGGAGGAGCGGAUGAGGAAGCCUCCAUCUCCAGAGCCCGUGGUCCAUCAGGAGGAAGUCCAGCAGCAGAGCGCUGUCACUCAGAAUGGACUCCCAUCAGACCAGGACUCUCCUCGGGACGGCGUGGAUGGUGGCGGUUUGGUGAACGGUGUCGCUGAGUGCAGCUCCAAGGAGCCGAGCCCCACCCCCUCACCCACCACCGGCAGGAAGAGUAAGAGCAGCCAAUCAUCGACGCUGCCAGCCAAGAACCAAGAAACGGCAUCGCAACUGGAGACGCUGCUGCACCGCAAACAUGAGUGGGAGGGGCCUAACAAGAAGGCGUCCAACAGGUCGUGGCACAACGUGUACUGUGUCAUCAACAACCAGGAAAUGGGCUUCUACAAGGACAGCAAAGCAGCCAAUCAGGGCGUCCCGUACCACAAUGAGCUGCCAGUCAGCCUGAAGGACGCCGCCUGUGAUGUGGCGUCGGACUACAAGAAGAAGAAACACGUCUUCAAGCUCCGAGUCGCUGAUGGAAACGAGUAUCUGUUCCAAGCCAAAGAUGAAGAGGAGAUGAGCACCUGGAUCCAGGCCAUCCUGAACGCCGCUGACAUCCGGGGCAGUCACCCCGGCACGCCCGCCUCUGGGCGCGCUCAGACGCUGCCGGCCGCCGUUACGCUCACCAGCGAGUCAAGUCCCGGGAAGAGAGAGAAGGACAAAGAGAAGGACAAAGAGAAACGCUUCAGCCUGUUCAGCAAGAAGAAGCAGUAGAACAUCAGUAGAACGUCAGACUGAGCACUUUGGUGAAACGACGCUCUGAAACGUUUUGCUUCUUUGUAAACAUUUCAUCACAGCUGGAACCUUCAGAGCUGGAACCUUCAGAACUGGAACCUGCUUCAGAGCGUCGGUUUUUGCUGCCUUCAGCGUCUCGCAGAUCAAACUUCUGACAGGAAGCUGUCAGAACUCUCUCAGCUGCAACUUCCUGCUUGACAAACAGCCUUCAGUGAGGCUCCAGAAACAUGAAACACAAGUUCAAAAUUAUUUCAAUGAAAAUUAAGUUUUUUGGGGUUUUUUUUGUUUUUUUGUUUUUUUUACCAAAGUGAGGUUUUUAAGAUGAGCAAAAGAAGCACACCAGGUGGUGACAUCAUUCUGAUGUCACUACUGUACAGCCAUUGAGAGAAGCUGACGGCUGAGAAAGUUCAAACGAGGAGCUGAACGCUGUAAAAGUUUCACCAAAAUGCGACAUUGGAUUGUUUUUCGUAUUUUUUCUUAAUGCAGUUAGUUUUUUCCUUAUUUUUGAUGAUUUUUUGUUUUCUCCGUGUGGUUAACGUGUCAUCGUGACAUCAUAGGACGUCGUGGAAAUGUUUCACAUGUCAUUUUAUGGCGUUAAAAUGACACGUGAAACGGUCGAGUUCAGCCUCUAUGACGACAUGCAGAGUGACUUGGCAUGUUGCUACACGUGUUCCGUGGGGUUCGGUCGUGUGACGUUGUGAUGUAAACAUGGUUCGUCGUGGAAACCAGCUGGUUGGUUCUUCGUCAUCGAGUUGGGUUUUCUCUGAUGAUGAAUGCUGUGACAUCACAACAGAACCUGCUCUGACUCGCUGAAUGGUGACAUCGCAGCUCCUCGGUGACAUCAGCGACCACGCUUUUGUUUUGUCGUCGUUUCUUUUUUAUUUCCUGUUUUUCAACCAGCUCUGAUUUGUUUCUUCAGUUCUGUGAGUCUUAAGAGACGACCUGCGUUCUUCUGCCAUUGAGAAAUUGGACCAACAGUGCAUUUAGUUUUAUUAUUAUUUCUACUUUUAUUUUUUUUUUAUUUUUUUUACUUCUGCUGCUCUGCAACCGUCUUGUGUUGGUUGAAAUCAGCCAAUAACCUUUGAGGAGGUGUAUGAUGUAGACACGUCCAGUUGCAUGCUUCCUCAGAGCGUUGCCUGAAAACUCACCCCAAACUAAAACUCCUGUUUUCUAAACCUUUUCUUGGUUUUCUUGGGUACUCAGUGGGAGGUGAAGCUCGCUGUGUACAGACAGGAAGUGGUCCUGCAGAUCGUUGAAGGUCGCUUGCUUGCCGUCGCUCAGAUUUUCUGCUCUUUGAUACUUGUGUUGCUCCGUCACUGUAUAUCUAUUGUACUGAACAUGUAUGGAAGUUAACACCAUCUUACUGCACAAUCAGAACUGCAUCUAUAGGAAUGAAGAAGAAGCUGUCUGAGGCUGAAUAUUUAAACAGAAGUUAGAUCAUAAAAGCUUUCCUCAUGUAUGAACCUGCACCUGUAGACUCUAAAGCUCUCUGUCCGAUCUGUGCAAUGUCAAUAAAGCUUUUAAACUUUA